GUACUGCCACCAGCAAUAAGCAGAAGCAGCGAGACUCGUUCUUUUUUCUCCUUUUUCUUCUUCCCUCGCCCCGCUUGUCGACCGACGUUCGUCGUCGUCGUCAUCCAUGCCUUGUUGCCCUGCCGUGGCCUGCUUGCUCUGCUGCCGCUGUGUGUUGAAUUCACAUUCAUUUCGUGCGAUGUGAAAAAUAAAAAUGGCUGUAAAUAUCUUGAUAUCUGAGCGAUAUCGGUGAAAAAUAACAAUUUGAUGGUGUUUUUCGGAAAAUUUCAUCCCAAAACUUGGUGUCGUAGGUGGAGUUUUGUGCAGCGGAUUGAUGAGUAGUGAAAUUUGAUGGAUUUGAGCUGGCGGAAGUGUUUAUUUGGUGAAGUUUCAAACUUUUCGUUUCCGUGCGGCUUUGAGGUAGGGUUUUCUGGUGGAAAUCAGUGGUUCAGUCGGGUUAAUUGUAGUGAAUAAACUUAAAAAUUGAAUACUGCUUGAAGGUUUGUAAAUGAAACAUCGUAUGGAGGAAGAAAAUUAAGCGUGCUAUAAUCAUAAAUCAAAAAGGCAAAAAAUAGAAAUUAGUGCCGGUGCGAACAUCUGCGUUCGAUUAUACAUCUCAUGUGAUGAGAGGGAAGAAAAAUAUCAAAAAAGUCCCAUUAUUUCUCUCGGUACCUGUACAGAGUGCUAAAGAAUAAUUCAAAUAAUCGAUAUCGUUAGUCGUGAGUGCUACGGGAAGCGGCACAAAUAUCGGAAUCUGGUUUCGGAGCGAAGCUCUGCAAUCAGUCGCUGUGUAGUGCUUAUGUGUAAGUGAAAACAAGACCCCGACUGGAAUAAGAGGUAAAGGGGGAAAUUGGAGGAAGAAGGGAAAAAAAACAACCCAAGAAAUGUUUCCCAAGUGAUGUGAAGAGUGUGCAGCAGCAGCAGCAGACAGAAGGAGUCACAAAUCACGUGCAAACGCGGAGUAUAGCUACAUAUCGAAUAGUAGCAGCAGUGUAGAAACCAGGGGAGAAUCGCGCAAAAUCUGGAAUUCUCUCCCUGAGAAAGCCUGGGAUUGGUGUCAUAGUUGUCGUCGUCGUCGCGGUUGAAACUCGCACGACACUCAUACACCUGUCAAGAUUGGGAAGAUGGACAAAGAUGGUGACAAGAAGGGUGGUGACAAAAAAGGUGGGCAAUCCGGAGCCGGCUUGGGAGGCGCAGCCGGUGUUCCGGAUCCUGCCUCACUACUUGACGCUGCUUCGUUAUUUGCCUACUGGGGUCGCGACCCGUCGGCGAUGGCCGCAGCAGCAGCUUCGAACCAGCUCUUCGGUUCCCAGUUCGGGAUGCCUGGUGGACUAGGAGGCCUAAUGCCAAACGCCGCCGCCGCAGCAGCAGCAGCCUCGGGUGGUGGCUCGGAUCGCUAUUCGAUGUCCCACUCGCACCCGAACACGAUGGCCGUGGCCGCCUCACAGGCAGCCUCCCUUGCCGGUUUGCAUUCCAGUUGGUGGUCCAUGGCUCAACUAGCUGCCCAGGACUACUUUGCGCGACUGCAAGCAUCCGGUAUGUCCCAGCUACAGUUCCCGCACGGUGCAGAUCUGAGUGGUGCGUUUCCCGGUGGUCUAGGGCUUGGAGCGAUGGGUGCUGGCGGUGCGGGAGCUUCCGGCGGUUCCGGCAAUGCCGGUGGAGGCGGCGGAGCUGGUGGAUCUAAUGGAAAAGGCGGCGGUGCUGGCAAGGGGAAAAAGCGAGACCGAAGUAGUAACAGUGGCAGUAGUAACGCAAGUGGCAGCGGAGGCACUGGCGGAGUGAAUUCCUCGUCCUAUAAGAACUCAUCUUCCCCAUCCGUGUCGCAGGCGGCAGCAGCCGCAGCCUACAAACAGUCCCUGUACAGCCAAGCUACCCUGCACAAAGAACUGAUGGCCAUCACGGCAGCGGCUGCAGCAGCACAAAAUCAACAGCAGCAAACUUCCUCGGGUGGAGGAGGCGGUGGUAGUGGAGGUAUUGGUGGUGGUGGUGCACAAUCCUCAUCAUCCAAAUCGAAAUCGUCCUCGUCAUCUCACAACAACAGCGGUGGAAGUCGGGGAAGUAGCAGCAAUAUUGGAAAUGAUGUCCUGUCGCUCACUCGAGGAUCCUCGCCAUCGGUUAACUCGUCCAAAACGCAACCAACACCGAGUGUCACCAUCAGUGCCAGCAAUAUACCCAGUUCGUCGCCCGGUAAUCACCUGCAAAAUCUGUCCCGAUCCGGAAAGGAUUCCGGCAAAGGCGGCGGCGGUAGCAGUUCGGUGUCGGAUUUAGGUCUCAGUGCAUCAAUGAACGCACUCAACACACUAUCUCAGUUUGGUAAUCUGGAUCUGUCCACCCAGCAAAACGUCACGGCAACGAUGAAUGCCCUGGCGGCUAGUUCUGCUAAGGCGAAGGAUUACAUGUCCUCGGGAAUACUCAAUGAUCCGUCCUCGUUGCUAGGAGUACGUCUGCCACCGGACACGGAAAUCAUCAAGUACACUAGUUCAAUCGUAGGCCCGAAAGUACCAGGUUCGACCAGUCGUGGACGUAAGAAACCCGUAUCGUUAGAUGAAAGUUCACUUUUUGCUCAAUUACACGGUUUAAGUACAGCCAAACGAGCGAGACUGGAUUCGAAUGAUUUCGGACAGCAGGGAGGGCCGGGUAAUUCCGGGCCCGGUAGCGGUAAUAACAACAGCGGUGUUGGUGGUAGUGUGGGUGGCAACUUAUCCGGCCACGGAGUGGGGGGUUCUGGUGGUAAUGCCGGAGGUGCUGGAGGAAACAAUGAUCGAAUCGAAGUCAUUAAACUGCCUCCCACGAUUACGUCCAAUGGUGUGUACAAUGCUGGAAAAGGAAAAGACCAAAUAUCCGAUCCGGUAAACGAAUGGGCCGGACUAAAUCUCAGUUCUAAGUCUUCAUCGUCGAUUGCUUCUUCGUUGGCAGCUGCGGCGGCGGCUGCCGCUCAGGCGGUUGUUAUUGACCAACAGGACGACGCGCCACUUAAUCUAUCGAUGAAACCUUCUAAGUCGUCCGAAAGUCGCGAUUCGCCAGCUCCACCGUCCGGUUCGUCGACGCCCAGUGCUAAUAGCUUGCAGAGCCUAAGCACAAUCACGGCCGCUUUGGGAGCUUCUGGUGGAACCGGUUCCUGUAACUCCGAUACGCCACGAUCCCGUCGAAAAUCCAACAACAAGAGCCGUUCGGCUGCUGCAGCCUAUGCGUCCUCGCUGGCCACCGGUGCCUCUCUCGGUGGCAGUGCUUCAUCCGGUGACAGCAAUAGUGCUUUGAACAGUAGCAUCAGUUCGCUGCUAUUGGCUGCCAGUGGCGGUGCUGGCGGCGGCGGCAGCGGCAGUGGCAGCUCCGCCACCAGUGGCAACGGAAACCAAACGGCCGGUGGAAGCGCUGCCACCGGUGCAGCAGGUGGUGGUAGUGGUAAUGGUGGAGGUAACGGUGGCGUCAGUGGUGUCAACAACCAUUUAGCCGCCCAACUUGGGCUCAACAGUUCCCUGUCCGAGCUGUUGAAGAUCUCCAAUUACGAGGAGUACGAUUAUGCGGCACUCGCUGGAUCUCAAUUUAAGGAAGGCCGUCCGCGCAAUCUUGGCCGUGGGGUUUCCAAGCCGAAGAAGAACACGGUGGCAUCUCUGUUAGCUCAGAGCCGUGCCGUUGGGUCGAAACCGCUGACCGCUCAGCAGCUGCUUACGCAGGAAGCUGAAAUAGAAAAACUUCGCCAAGCAAUGAUCGAAGCUAGUCAAUCGAUGGACAGUACCUCCAACACUAACACCGAUAGCGAAAGCGUUGCCGAAAGUGGUAUGUCCGAAUCGGAGGGCGAAGAACAAAUUAAUGUAAAGGAGUUGCGAGUUCCGCUGGAAAAGGGCUGGCGCCGAGAAACGGUUAUACGUGGUUUGACGAAGAACGGUCAGAUCAAGGGAGAAGUGUUCUACUAUCCACCGCAGAGUUUGAACAAGAUGAAGGGAAUGAAUCAGGUGCAACUGUAUCUGGAUCAGUUUAAGCCGAAAGACUUGACGCGGGAUAAUUUUAGCUUCUCAGCGAAGGCUAUCGUUGGAACGUUUCUCCAGCCAGCUCCUCCUCCCUACGCAACCGAUGGCGAAUUUAUCAAGAUGACUGACGCGGAAGUUGCCCGUAGGUUAGAGGAGCUUAAAAUGUUCACUAGGCACACUGCGUUGGGGGUUGAACAACGAAUCGAAAUUGCCAAACAACAGCAGGCUUUGAGGGAUGCCAAAAAGAUGGCCAAGGAUGAAAUCAAUAAGAUCAAGGAAAAGGCACGACAGGCGAAAGAGGCGGAACGCAACGAGCGAUUGGAACAGCAAAGAAAAGAACGGGAAUUGAAAAAUCAGCAAGCUUUGGAGGCUAAAAAGAAGCGGGAAGAGGAACUUGCUCGUCAGAAGGCUGAAGAAGCUGCUCGCAAACAACAGGAGAAAGAACAAAAACGACAACAGGCUAUAUUGCAAAAAGAGCAGGAACUCGCCAAACAGAAAGAGCUGAUGUACGCGGUUGAAAUGGAACGGGAACGACGGCGGCAGCACAUGGCCCUAAUCAAGCAACUAGAACUCAGACGAAAGUUCGACGAAAAGGAGAAAAAGAAACAUCAGGUGAUCCUAGACAAACUGAUUCAACGUGAGAAGAAACUAGCAAUGCGAAAACGUGACACCAGUAUCCUUCAGGAGUUAAGAAAACCACAGGAGGAUUCGGAAAUUGGUGACCAGAUCGAACUGCCGAACCUACCGCGCAUCCCGGGACUGAAGCUUACUGGAACCGGUUUUGCCGAUUUGCUGAUGGUGUUCGAAUUCCUGCAUAACUUUGGCGAAACGCUCGGUUUCGGUGAGUCGACGGAUAUGGAAUCUCUGCCCACGCUGCAAUCGCUUCACGCGGCGCUUACGUGUGACAAUGCCAUCGACGCAGAGGAGGAACUGCUUUCCGUCAUGACCCAUCUGCUGGUGUGUGCUAUCGAGGAUCCGGGAAUUCCUAACCCCGGACGGCAUACAACGCUACUAGGGCAAACGUUGCGUCAAGCCGACAUUACCCACUCGAAUGUGUCGGAAAUUCUGCGGAUAUAUUUGUACGCGGUUGCGAUCGGAGAGGUGAAACAGCAAAGUGGCAUUAAUUUGGAGCGAGAGAGGGAAAGGCAUCAUCUACCCACCGAGGAGGAUAUCAAGACUGCCAGCGAUAAGAACAGACAAUUUUACGGCCUGCUGUCCGAAAACGUGCGGUACAAACUAUCGGAGCUGUUGAAGGACAAACCUUUUGUGUCGAUCAAUCCGACAACAAAGACGCAGAUUCUUGCCAUGCUGUGCAAUGAUCUGCUAUUGAAUAAGGCCGUCUGUAAGCAGAUUGAGGGUAGUUUGGAUGCCCAAGCUCAGCUUAAAAAGGAACGGUAUUUGCUGGAUAAUAAAAUUAGGAAAUACAAAAUGCUGGUUGCGAGAAAGCAACGGUUUGAACAGUACGAGAAAGCUCAAGCUGCUGCGUUAGAAAAGUCACUUUCUAUGAAGGCAGCUGAAGAAGCCAAGAGGUCUGAGGAAGCGGCUGCAGCAGCUGCAAUCGAUGAGGGAGGUGAAAUAAUAAAUUUAGAUGAUCCACAAGGGGAGGAGAAGACUGAAGGUUGCGAAGUUGUAAACCCGGAAGCAACACCUAUUGUUUCGGUAGCGGCUGAAGAUGAAACUCCUGUAAUUGUCCCCCCAGUAGAAGCAGAAUUCAACCAUAAAGACGAAACGCCUCUGAAUCCUAACCAAGAACCUGCUCCUUUGAACAACGGAACAAAUACUCCAAUGGAGGAAAGUCCUAUUAAAGUCCCACCAAACCCACAGCUUAAUGAUGAAUCGAUGGUCAAAUCGAAAGAGAUGAGUUUCUCUGAAAUGAGCGAAAUCUCGGGCCUAAACAUAUCUCAGCAGCCUUCCACUGCCGGUGAUAUGGACAACCCAUUUUCCAAGUCGAUGAUACAUGACGCUCCAAGUGAAAGAAACUAUGACGACAAUAGUGACCUGGAAAGCGAGGGAACGCAGCUGGAAGAAGACGAAGAUGCACAAUUGACUGCCGAGGAAGCACAAAAGAAAUACGACAAAAUUCUUGAAGAAUCCUUCCAAAACAAACAACAACUGGAGAACGCCCUAAACCAGUUACGUGUUAAGUGCUACGGUCAAGAUCGUUACUGGCGUCGAUAUUGGAAUUUGUCCAAAUGUGGUGGUAUCUACGUGGAAGCAAUGGAAUCCACCCAACCGGAUGUGAGCAAAUAUGAAAAUGCCCUCGAGGAGGCAUAUGCUAGUCAGGAGGCGGAAUCAGCUGCAGUAACGGCUGUGGCAGAUGCUGAAAUAGCAGCAGCCGUGGCGGCUGACAAUAUUAUUGGAAUGGAGAACGAAGAUAUUCCCCCGGAAGAUGAUCUACCUCGUUUUAUUCCUACGAUAGCAGAUAUUGUUAAGCGGGAUCGCGAUAAAAAUAAGGAAAACAAGGAUUCCAACGAGUUUUCGCACCACAUCGGAUUAGAGGAUCGCAAACGGAAACGGUCGGGCCGAAGUAAAAAGAAACACGAUUUCUACAAUCAAGAAAGUGCGAAUGACAGCGAAUCACAGGAUGUUCAAGAGGAGGAUAAUUCCAGGACUAGCUUCAGUAAUUGUGACGAAAGUAGAACGGAUAUGCAGUCGGAAGUUGACCACCCAGCGUCGAUAGUGACACCGGUAGAAGAAGCAUUGAAAGCAUUGACUCCUGCUCCAGUCAUCGUUCCACCACCAAUGGUUCAGGAACCUCCGGUACCGGCUCCUAUUCCGUUGGGAGUAAAGAAAAAACGAGAAGAUGAUCAUCUUAUGGACAUCGAAGAUUCCAUCCCGACUGCUAUUCUGGUGCAGAAGGGCAACAACCACGAUGAAACGAAGAUUGUAGAGGUCAACAAUCAGAUUGGCGGAGUCAACGUGAACCGGCAGCAGGAUGAUGGUGAUGUACAAUUGGUGCAGGAGGAAACGCCUACCAUCACCAUUCCGGACGAUGACACCGAAAGUGGUGAUGCUAAUCGCCAUCAGCCGGCGUCAAUGAUGCAGCAGGAAGGUAUCGACCAGAACUCCAUGAUGAUGAUGACCGGUGGUGAAAUCGUUGGAAGCAACUGUGAUAUUAAGCCAAAGCUGGAGAAUGGUGAAAUCGGCUCCGGCUGUGAAUCGGGUGAAGACGGCUUUAAAGCUCUCUAUGGUCAUGAUGUAGAGAUGGUUGAACUGAAGGAGGAAAAGGCUAAAGCCGAUUACAAACACGACCUGAAUCAAUAUCUGAUGGAACGGUGGUUCUCUAUUGUCGAUAAAGAUUUACCACUAACUAGUAUGGAGUGUCCGCUUCCUUCUAUCAAAGGAACAACUCCUGCCUCAUUAGCCCGUCAAGUAUAUACGAAUAUUACUUGCCGGGAAAUUUGCCAAAUCCAGGGCAAUAGGUGGGACAUUGGCAACAAUAUUCAAUUUUUCAGUGUUCCUUUGGAGAGAGGUGUUGAAAUUCAUUUCAAAAAUGAAUCCAUACUGUCGCUUUCCGGGCUGGACGAGGAUGAAAUGAACGACGUGAUUGCAAAGAAGGUGAAAACAGAGCCUGAUCAGCUGGUUGAUUUGAAACCAGUUGCAAAACGAGAGUCCAUCGAUGAUAAUCAUGCUGAAAUAAAACAUGACAUCAAACAAGAAGGGGAAUCGGAAGAGUUUGGAUCAUUCUCACUUCCUGCCUACAUGACAUUAACACUGAGUAACUUAACUGCCUACGUUCAGUGUGAUCAGUUCCAACCUUUGCAAAUGACUCCAGAGGAAAAGAAACAACUGGAAGAAAUCAAAGUACGUGGGUGCUUGCAGAAACCGGAAGUUAAACCAAUUAAAAAACAACUUUGCCACGGUUGGUGGAAGAUUAAUGAAAUCGAAGAAUUGAACGAGUUCAUCAAAACGCUCAACCCACGAGGAGUGCGCGAGCGUAGUCUGCGGCAGAAUCUGUUGGAAUCUCUAUCGGACAGUGUGAACCUAAGCACUCCUUAUCCCGUAGCGCAUCCGAGAACGGGUCCACCAUCAACAAGUGACUGGAUUGAAUCCAAACCAUGGAAUUCGUGGAAUCCUGCGAUUGCUCGCCGUGUUGAGAUUGCCCUACUCGAUCAGAUCGAAGCCAUGGAGGACAAGAUUGCUUCCGCUUCGAUGCAGAUCAAGGGAUGGCAGAUACCCCAGCGAGAUGGAGACAACGAUAACGACGUCGUGGAGGAAGUUACCAUCUAUAUUCUACGGGAACGAAUCGCUGGACUAGAGGCGGCUAUCGAGAGGCGCUAUCUCAAGCCGCCGCUGGGAAUCAAUACGACGGAGGCACAAAUGGCCGUCAUCGCACAGCAAGAACACAAUCAUAGCACGUCGCUUGCAAAUGCGUCAAAUUGUUCAAAUAGCUCGGAGGAUGAGAAUAUUCCGAAAGGUUUAAUGUCAUGGCGCGACGCGGUCGAACGAUCAGUCACUACCGCCCAACUUUCGAUGGCACUGUACGUGCUGGAAUCGUGCGUCGCGUGGGAUAAGAGCAUUAUGAAAGCGAAUUGCCAGUUCUGCCAGUCGGGUGAACAGGAGGAUAAGUUGUUAUUGUGUGAUGGAUGCGAUCGGGGUUAUCAUACCUAUUGCUUCAAACCAAGAAUGGACAAGAUUCCUGAUGGUGAUUGGUACUGUUUCGAAUGUAAGAAUAAAGCUACCGGUGAUCGAAAGUGUAUAGUUUGUGGUGGCCAACGGCCGCCACCUUUAGGUAAGAUGGUCUAUUGUGAGUUAUGUCCUCGGGCAUACCAUCAGGACUGCUAUAUUCCACCCAUGCUAAAGUAUCCUCGCGGCAAAUGGUACUGCCAGAACUGUAUCUCGAAGGCACCUCCUAAGAAGAAGCCCCAGCGUAAGCCUAAAGAGAAGCAAAACCACAACUCCUCGUCGUCGCAGUUGAACCAAUCCAGUUUGAGCAAUCAAUCGGCCAACCAAUCUUUGAACUCAUCCCACGAAGAGAUCCCACCGUCGACGACGCCCACAGCCAUACCCGGAACACCGGUGCCCAAUAAUCCCAUCUCGAAUGCAAAUACCACUCCCCUAAGUCCAGCACAUUCAGUAGCAUCCACGAGCCAUGAAGAGCUGUCGUCGACUACUGCCAUCGUAGCCCAGUGUUCAUCAGUGAUGCCAACGCAGUUAGAUUUUAGUCAUCAGCAGCCUCACCACCAUCAGCAGGCAAUUGCAUUUCCACAGCAAGCAUACUCCAAUCUCGAAGGGAUGCCAUCGUCCAAUGUACUCAACAGUUUCCAACUGCCAGCACCGCCGCUGACCAAUAGCUACGAUCCGCAGCAGCAGCAGCAACAACACCAACAACACCACCAACCACACUAUCAGCAUUACUAUCAAUCUCAACCGCAGCAACAGUAUUACGCGCAACAGCCCCCACAAAUACCCGACUACAAUGUAUACGCCCAACAACCGCCCCAGCAAAUGAUCCCAGAAUCUCAUCUGUACCAUCCGGCUGGCAGUAGUGGCAUGGCUGUUACUGGCAUAGUACCUCACACUAUUCAACCCAACGAUAUCAACAAUAGCAUGGAAAUGAACAGCCUAAACGCGUCGAUGGCAAGCCACGAUGGUUCUCAGUACGAGAGUCAUCACACACCGCAGCAACCCUGCCAGGAUAACAGUGGUAGCAGUGGGGGUAGUAGUAUAACCACUUCCACGCCAACCCCUGGCUCCGGUUCGGCCGGGUACUACUCGCCAUCGAGUGCGAAUGCGUGCGCUUCCGGUUCGGGAUACGACUCGGAAAAGCACUGCGAAUCGUCCGAGGAACUACCUCCCCACUCUAUGUCCGCGGGCAGUUCACACAAGUCGGAGAAGAAAGAUCGAAAGGAACGGGAUGAAGCGAGAGAGCAGGCCAAAAAAGAGAAAAAAGCCACCAAAAAGUUGAUGAAGGAGUUGGCCCCCUGCAAGACGAUACUGGAGGAGAUGGAGGUGCACGAAGAUUCUUGGCCAUUUCUUCUACCGGUGAAUACAAAGCAGUUUCCGACCUACCGAAAGAUUAUCAAAUACCCGAUGGAUUUAUCAACCAUCAAAAAGCGCAUACUGGACAUGAUUUACAAAUCCCGCGACGAUUUCAUCGCCGACGUUCGCCAAAUUUUCGAUAACUGUGAGGUGUUCAAUGAGGAUGAUUCACCGGUUGGUACGGCUGGCCACGGAAUGCGUAAGUACUUUGAGCAGCGUUGGGCCGAGCUGACCGAGAAACAUGCCUCAUGAUAUCACGCCGGCAGCGGAGCCGCCAAUCAGAAACCGCUAUCAGAAGCAGCUAAUGUUGCCGUAGCAGCAGCAACAGUAUCAACAGCCGCAUCAGGAGCAGUAAUGUCACAGGGCACUUCGUUGGAACAGGAUAAGGAAGGGGAUAUUUCGUUACAAACUUGUGUCGUACCACCAUCUCCGGCUGAUCAGGAUAUAGAUGAGAUUGCAGCGGCGAUGGAGGAACACGAAGAGCGAGACUAGCAUAGGCAGCAGCAGCAGACUUUAGCUGAUGAUGUGAACAGUAACCCUGCAGCAGGUUACGGGGGUGGUUAGAAGUUUUUUUAGGUUUACAUGAUUUCGUAUUAGAAAUCUCGCCAAGCGAGAGAUGUGCACCCUGUGAGAGGAAAAUACCGUUGCAGUAUUUUUUACGUUUUCCGUGUGUCUUCAGUACAUUUUUCUCAUUCUGUAGAAAGAUUUUUUUUGACUUAGUCCCAAAUACAUGCUGCAAACUAUCGAGUUUGGAAUAAAAAGAAAUCAGUAUUGUUCGGUAAACGAAAGAGAGAAUAUAGUCAUUUGAACUUGACGGAAGGCGUUUCGGAGUAAUUUCAAAAUUAAUUAAAAAUAUCAAAAAAAUCAUUACUCAACAUUAACUUAAAUGUAUUCAAGCAAGAAAAUAGACUGUUUUACAAGUAAUGAAACAAAAGAUAACUUAUUAAAACUACGAACUCCCUCUACCUUUAGCGUUAGAAGUUCAAACGAAAGAUUCCUUCUGAAUUGCAUCAAAUUUAGACUUGGCUGAAUAGAGAGACAUUGCGACGACCAUGGUAAGCACUUCAAAGUGUAUGUGAGUGAUGCUAAUCUGGAAUAAAUAACUGAUCGUUGAAUCCACAAAAAUACAAAUAUAUUUUUUAUCACAAAACUUUAUUUCCAACCCAUGAAAACAGAAAAUAAAACUGUGAAUACGUUUGUAAUUAACAAUCGUUUGCUUUGGGAACCCACACAGAACUUUGUGUUUCCACAGCGUGGGAACACGUCGAAACUGACUUGUAAAUAAUAGGGUUUAGUAUUUUUACCGUUAAGUGCAAGAAGUUUUUAAAUAAGAGCGCAGAUCUAUUUAUAAGAAUAUGAGUAAUACAAAUACUUUUCACCAUCUUGAUCGGUGGUAAUUAUAAUGCGAAAGAAAGUGAUAUCAUUAAACCCAGGCACACUAAUUUCACACAAUCUGUUUAGUUUCUGAUUUUUUUUCUUUCAUCCUCCUGCAAAGAUGUUUGCUUGUGAAGCAUUGGAGGGAUAUGGUUAGGAACGAAUAAAUUCCACUUGAUAUUUUGUUUUUGGUGGAAAUUAAAAAGCUGCUACAAUAACUAAUUGAUAAAAAAAACUAAAUCAUUGUCUUUACGGGAAUAAAGUAGAUCAUGUUUCAUAUUUAUGAAAAGAAAAAUCAAUCACACUAGAAAUUAUGUGUAAUUUAGGUACUCUGUAGGCCAUUAUCGUACGAUAUUUCUGUACAUUUUCGAUUAAUUUUAUGCCCUCACUUAAUACAAUACAGAUCAACUCAUAGCGAACAGCCGAGUUAAACUAUAUUUAUGAAAACACAAUGGAACGGCAGCGAAUAUGAGAAUUGGAAGCAGAAACCAACCAACAAUGAGUAGUUAACUUUUUGGCGUGUAAUCGCCAGUUCAAUGCAAAAAGAGUAACACAAAUAAACGCAGUAGUGAUUCAAUGUGAAUAUUAUCGAUGUACUGACUAGACUAUGGUAACUGAACACCGCGAGAUUCGUAAUCCACUGCUAACUACUAUGAUAUAGUGUGUUGUACUAUUUGAAUUUUCUAAUAAUAUAGUGGUAGUUUGCUAUUUUUUGUGUUUCCGUAGCAUUAUAAUUGUCCCCCUCCCCCACACUGUGCGCUUUGCAUUGACUUACUUUUAUAAUUUAGAUAUUUACGCUCGCUAGCCAGCUGAAACGGAAGUAAGUGGUCAUUGAACAUUAAUGAAAAUAUGUUAUUAUAUAUGUACAUAUUUUGACAAUUUCGCAAGUAAGGUAAUAAAUAGAAUAAAAUUA